AUGGCUGUUGAAGCUCACCAUCUAAAUCCUCUCUUUUCUUCUAACAGAGAAAUGAUGCAUCCCGUUGAAGCAAACGGCUUACUCUACAACACUCAGUACCGAUACGCCACCGCUCCGCCACCGUUUAACCCCACCGUGGAAUGCCAAGCUUCUUUGUUGAAUCCCAUCUACAACGUCUCACCGGUUGAUUGUUUGGCUCAUCAGUCUGUUAAACCGACGAUCCAAUCCGUUGACAGUUCCGUCACAUUUAACAGCGAGAAUAAUGCCAACAACGUCGAGUUUCUUCGUCCCAUGUCAUCUUCGUCUCUUAGAAAACGUUCUAGAGAAGAGUCCGGCGUUGUUACUCCUCCGUCUUAUAUGCAAAACCAGAAAAUUUCCACCGAUCCUCUCAUGUUCCUCGGCCAAGACUUGUCUUAUAACGUCCAACAACAUCACUACGACAUCGAUCACCUGAUCUCUAAUCACGUUGAGAGAAUGAGAAUGGAGAUUGAAGAGAAGAGAAAAACGCAAGGGAGGAGGAUAAUGGAAGCCAUCGAACAAGGUUUGAUGAAGACACUACGAGCCAAAGACGAAGAGAUUAAUCACAUCGGAAAACUAAACCUCUUUCUAGAAGAGAAGGUUAAGUCUCUUUCCGUAGAGAAUCAGAUUUGGCGUGACGUGGCACAGUCUAAUGAAGCCACCGUAAACGCCCUCCGUUCCAACUUGCAACAAGUCCUCGCCGCCGUGGAACGUAACCGGUGGGAGGAGCCGACGGUGGCUGACGACGCGCAGUCAUGUUGCGGGAGCAACGACGAGUGUGACAGCGAGGAAGGAGAGCGGUGGAGGUUAGCGGGAGAGGCGCAGGAUAAGAAAAGGAUGCGUAGGGAAACGAUGUGUAGAAACUGUGGAAAAGGAGAAGCGAGUGUGUUACUGUUACCGUGCAGACACAUGUGUCUAUGCACUGUGUGCGGAUCUUCACUGAACACUUGUCCCAUCUGUAAAUCUUCAAAGAACGCUAGUCUACAUGUUAAUCUUUCCUCUUAG